GAGCAGAGGCUGAGAUGUGUUUGUGUGUGUGUGUGUGUGUGUGUGUACAGGGUGAUCUGGGAGAGAAGACAAGGUAGAGUUAUGAGAGUCAAGGUAAUGCUGCUACAGAUAUUCCUCAUCCUUCAUCUUCUUCAGGGUAAGUUGCUCAUUUCAGCAUCUUCGUCGUCUGAGGAAGAUGAUAGCAGUGGGAGGGAUAAAGAACACAACAAAGGUUCCUCUCAUCAGCACAACUGGGGCUACUAUGAUCAGGGUGCGUGGUCAUUGGCAUUUGAGAACUGCAGAGGACAAUCCCAGUCCCCCAUCAACAUAGACACUCAUAAGGUUAUCUAUGAUCCCAGACUCACCCCAAUUAAACUGCAGGGGUAUGACCUUUCAGGCUCUCCCGCUAUCACCCUCAUCAACAAUGGACACACAUUGCAGUUGAGUCUGCCGAACAGCAUGCAUAUUGUGAGAGGAUUCAAUCAUGUUUAUGUCGCAGCACAGCUGCACUUCCACUGGGGAACUAAAGAGGUCCCAGGUUCAGAGCACACCAUAGAUAAUGUCCAUUUCCCUGCCGAGAUCCAUGUUGUUCAUUAUAAUUCCAAAUAUGCUAAUCUUUCUGAGGCUGCUAGUAAAGCAGAUGGAUUGGCUGUGUUAGGAGGAUUUAUAGGUGUUGGUCUUCAUGAAAACGACAACUAUGAAAAGAUCUUGUCUGCUUUAACAGACAUCAGCACAGAGGAGUCAAACACUGAGAUUCCUGGUUUUGACAUUCGACAUCUUCUACCAAACAGCUUGGAUAGGUUUUAUAGGUAUAACGGGUCCCUGACAACACCUCCGUGUUUCCAGACAGUCAGUUGGACGCUGUUCAAUGAUACGAUCACAGUGUCAAGAAGACAGCUUGCAGCCUUGGAGGACACAUUGAAAACAGAACACAACAAGCUCUUAUCCAAAAAUUUCAGAGUGCCUCAAUUUCUGCAUGGAAGAAAAGUACUGAAAUCUUUCCACACAGUAACCACCACAGGAAAUUAUUGCAUCGAUCUCAAAGCACCACUUAUCAAGGACAACCAUAACAACAAACAAUUGCGUGAGGGACUCACAUCGAUCUCAAACCCUCACCGCUCAGGAAUAACCAACAACAACAACAACAAACAUUUGCGGUCACCAGAACCGGCUGGAUCCAGCUACAUUCCUGCUUCGUGUUGGACUCCACUGCUACGUGUCUCUGAGUGAUGAUGACCAAGCAUGAGUAAUGUAACCGUGCUAGCCAAACAUCACUUCAGUCUAUUAUGAUGGACUUCAGAGGAUGAACUGAUGCCAACUCCAACCAUAAGACAUGGGAUACAUCAUAUGCCAUUGCCUGAACCUUGGACUUAGGAUAGACCUCACCGAAUUCACCGGCAGGUUGAACUGUGAUGCACCUCACUGAUCUCUGCCUGCAUCACCUCAGUCUAAUGAUGGACUAAACUCUUAUAAUGGAAUAUAUAGACUAUCAAUUAAUUGCCAACUAACAAAGGACCGUGUGUCUAUAUGAACUUCUGCAGUUAAUCCAGGACGAACUUCAAAGACAUUAGUCAUUAAUCUUACAGUGCUUACAAAAUAUUUGUUUAUACACUGACCCUUAACACUUAGUUAAAUAAUUUUAAACCAUGACUUGCACUAUACAUAAAUAAGAAAUAUUGGCAUUAUAUUCAUGAUGUUAGCCAGAGGGGAACUGGCCCCACAGUGAGCCUGGUUUCUCCCAAGGUUAUUUUUCUCCAUUAACCAACAUCUAAUGGAGUUUUGUGUUCCUAGCCACAGUCGCCUUCGGCUUUCUCACUGGUUUCUAAAUACAAUUAUUAUUUAAUUACUUGUUUUUAAAACACAAUUCACAAUCGUAUUUUUUAUCAAAAUACACAAUGAAGACUCCUCUAGAUAUUACAGUUUCAUUUUCUGUUUAUGCAUGAUUUUCUGUAAAGCAAUGUAAUGAAAUGAUGUGUGUUGUGAAAAGGCGCUAUACAAAUAAAAAUUACUUGACUUGUUACUAUUCAUUAAAUGUAUUAAAUACAUUUUGUGUGCUUUUGAAACCACAUAUCUUUGAUAUUUUACACAAAAAGUGACUGCGGUAUAGGUGUAUGUUCAUGAUGGUAUUUAAGGAGGAACAGUGAGUCAUUUACAGUAGAUAUUGAAAAAAGGGGACCAGAUUUGUUUUUCAUUGUUUGUUUUUGUCUUUUACGGAUGCAAAUAGUUUUUUCCCAGAUUUGAGAGCAUUGAUAAGAAAUUGAGCCAGUUAUUUAUUGAAAGUUUUCCUUUCACUUAAGUACAUUUUUGUUUUUGUUUAACAGUGACAUUAACAAAUAUUCCAGUUCUAGAUGUUUAAUGUAGACAUCUAUAGGACAUGCUGGGAUGCUGAGACCAAGAAUGUGCUGAAUAUGGUGGCAAAACCAGAAUGUAUGGAAGUUAAUCAUCAAUAGAAGGGCAGUGUGGACAGGUGUACAUUUAUGUGUAACUCAUGUGGUAGAGUUUAUAUGUAAUGAAGUGUGUUCUAUGAAUAAUCUUGAUCAGUUGAAUUUUGGUUUUACAGUACAUAGAGUAUAUGUUGUUACAAACUGUUUCCCAUUGAUAUUCUGGUCAGUACCAAUGUCUGUAGACCAUUUUUGUGUUGGAACUGUUAUUGAUUUGCUUUAAGUUUUUGUAUUUGUGAUAGCAGUUGUUUUGGCUUUAGGGAUGUAAAAGCUUGAUGGAAAGGGGAGUUUUCUGGUUCUGGAGCUGACUGCCUUUCUUAUAACUUCUUUUAGUAUGUUAAAAUGAGUCUGAUUUGGUAUGUUUUAUGUUUCAGAGUAUAGAUGAACCAGGCUGUUUACUCUGACUCCAAUUUGAAAACAUAUUGUUUUAUUUUUGAUUAAUAAAUUGGGUUGUGCCAUAGUGGUGUGUGAUUUGAUUAAUGUAAAGUCAUCCAUCUUCUACCAGGCAUUCAAGGUGCUAUGAAUGUUAAUAUUGCCUUUGUAACUAUAAAAGGUUUUUAUAGAUUUGUCUACAAAGGGAGAUGUAGGAUAACUAAUUACUGAACCAGAUCAACCAGAUUCAAUGUCUACCCAGGGAGAGUUUGAGUUGUUGGUCCAGUGAUAAAUAAAGAUUAACCUAUG